GCUGUUAGGGAAAGGGUGGAAGGCUGGGCACUGGGGAGAGAGGGCCAGUGCAGGGCUCUUGCAGAAUAGCAUAGGAAGUGCAGGUGGUAGGGGUCGUUCAGGAAAUCGGCACUGUUCCUGCCUAUUGAAACCAAGUUUCUCCUGUCUUUGAAGCAUCUAGGGUGGUUUUGCUGAUGUGAGAUGUGCUUUUGGGAAUGGGUUGGAGGUAGCAUUUUGGGGAGCAAGCUAGACUCCAGGAGUUCUGAGCAUAGCAGCUGUAUUCUUGCCCAUCACAGCUGUUUGGUGGCUGAGAUAGCACUACUCCAUCCCUGUACUACAGGACCCCAGCCACCCGGUUUUACAGAAGUGGAUGUCUUAGUAUCCUUGGGCCAUGGCUCACUUGAGGGAUUUUGCUAACCAGCACUCCAGGGUGGACCCAGAAGAGCUGUUCACCAAGCUGGAGAGGAUUGGUAAAGGGUCGUUUGGCGAGGUGUACAAAGGAAUUGACAACCGCACCAAGGAGGUGGUUGCUAUCAAGAUCAUUGACCUGGAGGAGGCGGAGGAUGAAAUUGAGGACAUCCAACAGGAGAUCACUGUGCUCAGUCAGUGUGACAGCCCCUACAUAACCCGCUACUAUGGGUCCUAUCUGAAGAGUACCAAGCUGUGGAUAAUAAUGGAGUACUUGGGUGGAGGCUCAGCACUGGAUUUGUUAAAGCCAGGACCCUUGGAAGAGACCUACAUUGCCACUAUCCUGCGGGAAAUCCUCAAGGGCUUAGAUUACCUGCACUCUGAGAGGAAGAUCCACAGGGACAUCAAAGCUGCCAAUGUGCUGCUAUCGGAACAAGGGGAUGUGAAACUGGCUGACUUUGGUGUGGCUGGACAGCUGACGGACACGCAGAUCAAGAGAAAUACGUUUGUUGGGACUCCCUUCUGGAUGGCACCAGAGGUUAUCAAACAGUCUGCCUAUGACUUUAAGGCAGAUAUCUGGUCCCUUGGAAUCACAGCCAUUGAACUUGCAAAGGGAGAGCCCCCGAAUUCUGACCUGCAUCCUAUGAGGGUGCUCUUUCUGAUCCCCAAAAACAGCCCUCCAACACUGGAGGGACAUCACAGCAAGCCCUUCAAAGAAUUUGUAGAAGCCUGUCUCAACAAGGACCCUAGAUUUAGGCCAACUGCUAAAGAGUUGCUAAAGCACAAGUUCAUCACACGCUAUACCAAGAAAACCUCAUUCCUCAUGGAGCUGAUUGACCGAUUCAAGCGCUGGAAGUCAGAGGGCCAUGGAGAGGACUCCAGCUCUGGUGAUUCUGACAUUGAUGGAGAUACAGAAGAUGGAGACCAGGGUCCAAUCUGGACGUUCCCACCAACUAUUCGACCCAGUUCCCUUAAACUGCACAAAGGAAUAGCUCUCCAUGGCUCUCAGAAGUCUGCUGAGCCCAUCAAGCGGCAGCCCCGAUCACAGUGUCUCUCCACGCUUGUCCACCCAGUCUUUGGGGAGCUCAAAGACAAGCACAAGCAGACUGGAGGGAAUGUGGGAGCUAUGGAGGAGCUGGAGAAUGCCUUUAGCUUGGCUGAGGAGUCCUGCCCAGGCAUUUCUGACAAACUGAUAGCACACAUGGUGGAGCGGGUACAAAGGUUUUCACACAGCCGGAACCACCUGACUUCAGCCCGCUGACCAGUACAGUUGUUGCUGCUCUUUACGGGGAAGGGAGGAUUUUCCCAACUUCAUAAGAACUAAAUCUCUAAUCCAGACCACCGUCAUCUGCUGUUGGAUGUAACAUUGUGACUCCAGGACAUUUCAGAGCCUGCAUCUAUACAUGUUUCCAUGACAACCAAGGGUGGGGUUCACAAUGCAAGUACAAUUUAGACCUUUUGCAGAGCCCAAGGAGGGGCGGUCUAAUUGUUUUUACACUGUUCUCAAUGGAGUUUUUAAUUGUUCUCCCUGUGGACGUAUCCAUUUUUAUUUGAUUCCGAGCUUGUUAAAAGGUAAAAUCCUGGCUGGUGGAGCAAGAAGGAAGUUCUCCUGUACUCAGAUGUUUCAAAAGGGAAGUAUGAUGGGUUCAGCCUUCUCCUCUCCCCCAAGGAAGUGUAGGUGAGUGGUAAUGCACAAGGAGUACAGGUGGCUCCAGGCUUUCCAUACACUACAGCAUUCUAGUGGAGUCAGAGUGGCACUCUGGCCCCACAAGAUUUUUUCAACUCCUUCAUACACUAGUGGAACAAAGGCUUUAACUAGUAGCAGUGAAAGUAGGUUUGCUGCUGUCCUUGCUACUCUUCAUUCAAGAGUAGCUGCGUUGUUUUGUCACUUUCACAGGAUGGGUUUGCUGACUGUUCUGCCAGCGUCACUCUUACUUUACUUAAGCUACACUAGAGCAAAGUUUGCCUCACUUCCACAGAGCAGCAGUGACAAGGCAGCUGCAUUUGGUCUAAAACUCUCUCAAGUGGGGUUAGGAGUUGCUUAUGCUUCCUGCUGCUUCUGACCAGCAGACAUACCAGGUGUGUUGGCUUGUGGCAGACUGAACGCCAUGACUAUCCUAAGGUGAGACAGACUAAACACUAAGAUUAAAGUGCAUUAGAAAAGGAACCUUUGUCAUGCAAAGAUGUUUAAAAGGUGAGUCUGAAAUUCUUUACAAUGAUUCUCAAUUGAAGAAAAUUCAGCUUUUUCUUUACCUAUUAAAUGGCUGAUAUCAUUGCUCUUUGGUGGCUAUAUCCCAAAGUCAAUUUCUCCCCUACUUUACUCUCAUGAACCAUUUCUUAAAACUGUGUUCUAAACAACUUGAAGCCAACACAGUCUCAACCAGAAGUACAAUCCACAUAAUGAGCUGCAUCUCUUCUUAUCAAUGUAUUAGCUGCCCUUCAGUAAAGCAGACACUUUGGUCAUUCAGGGUAUUCCUAUGGAGCAACUGCACCUAGUUUUGCUUUCUUGACAAUGCUAGUUUAGCCAGGAAUUUCAGUUCUCCACUUUGUCAUAAAUUUGUAUACAAGAUACUCUGAGGAUCUGGAAGGAAACCAGGCUUGUAAAGAGACAGGGUUGAAAUUUUGAAAGCUGGGUGCCUAAAGCUAAGCAGCUAUAUCUUAUGUUCACAUAAGUGAUGUGACUUCAGGUAGCUCUUACAGCUCUCCUAGAAGCCAAUGGGAGCUGCAGAUGCUCAGUGCCUCUAAAAGUUAAGUGGUCUAACAGGUAAAUGUGGAUUGUGCUUCCUACCUUCAGCUGUGCAGGUUUCAGAAUGUUGGGCUGGAGUCUCUACAAAGAGAACACAUGAGCCCCAUCACUUAGUCUUAUGCUAAAGUGAACUGCAAACAAUCUUUACUGCUCCUCUGUGAUGUAUAAAUACAGGCUCUGUGUGUUAACACUGCUUAUCUUGUAGAAAAUAGCUGCUGUUGUCAUCUCUUGCUAGAGCUCACUUGUGGAGCAGAGUUUAUUUUAUGUACUGAGGUAACCAUGGAGCCUGUAUUUAUGCACAAUUACAAGUAAAGGGAACACUCAGCCAGGCAAAAGGGAAAGUCUCCUGCUGCUUUUAACUUUAUUCUGUUCAUGAUGGUAGCAUAUUGUGUUAAUAAGGUACCUUGUAUUAUCCUUCACAUGCACUUCAAUGUCAUGAGUAAAGAUGAUUUUUAAGGAAACAAUCCCCAUAAAUUUCCUCCAGUAUU